AUGUCGCAACGUCCGCGGAAAUUUCAGCGUGCUUCUAAAGCGUGUGACUUCUGCCACAGACGUAGCAUAAAAUGCAAUAAGAUCAACGGCCCUCUGGCUCCCUGCCAGAACUGCGCCGAUUUUGAUAUACAAUGUACAUAUGAUCGUCCAGCCAGGAGGCGAGGAGCUCCGAGGAAUGCCAGUUUAGCAGAAAGCAAGUCUGCUCGGCCACUCAGCUUGGAUACUGCAGGAUCAUCGUCGUCGCAUUCAGCUCGUCUAGAUGUUGUCAGACAGCCUGGUGCUGCUGAUUCCCCGUGGGACAUUCUGAAUGGCACCUGGACGACCGCUCCAGCCUCCAAUGACGGGCCGCUGGUGAACUCAUGGAAGGCAUUUGCUAUUGGCUGUCAGAGCACUAUUAACGAUCUCGCCCACGUCUAUUUCGAGAUUGUAUAUCCCAUAUUUCCAUUGUUUCAUCGGUCGUCAGUCCUGAUGCAGCUGGAAAAGAGGGAGUACCUUAAACAUCGGGGAUUAUUCGCGUCGACAAUGGCCAUGUGUGCCUUGGCCUCUGCGCGGGCUCGUGACGGGGCCCUAUAUUCAAAGCGCUGGUGUCCCUCACAACUAGCGAAUCCUCCGUCCGAGGUCUUUUGCGCUGCGGCAAAAGAAUCUAUUCCGCGAGACCUGGCCGCAGCAAAGGGUACAGAGUACCUGCGGACAUGUGCCAUUCUUAGCAUUGCCGGCAUCCAGAAUGGACAAAUCCAGGACAUGCAACAGUACGCGGGGAUCUACCAUACACUGAGUGCAAUGGAAGGGCUGCAUGACGAGAAGCUAUGGCCCAAAGACUUGAGCCCGGUGGAGGUUGAGGUGCGGAGAAGGAUGUUCUGGUCCAUAUAUACGUUAGAUGUCUAUUCGUCCAUCGUAUGGGGCGGAGUCAUCCGCUACCGAGAAGCCCAGUCUAAUGUACAGUAUCCGAGUGAGGAGGAUGACGAUUUUAUCCCAGACAUGUUGUCCGUGCCAGGGGAUCCCACUGAUGCUUACGGCGGAAAAGGACAGCCGAGUCAGUGGAUGCGUGGCUGGAACUUCACCACCGACCUUUACCGAAUACUGGAGCAUGCCGUCGAUUGCCAACGGUGGCGGUCGCCUUCGAACACUGAUGGGAAGACCGGAGUCUGGUCGUUAUUCCGUCCAGCUCCGAUGGCCGCAGCCUCAGUCAUGGACCACGUCCUUUCCAUGUACUCUGCACUGCCUGCGCAGUUUCGGGAGACUCCGCCAGUCACUGGUGACCCCGCUCAGGACAUCGUCGGCUUCCAGUCCGCUAACAUUCAAGCAACUCUGCAACUGCUGCGCAUGGUCCUAUUCGCAAACGAAGACCCAGGGGCGGACGGGAAAUGUGACGUCGCAGGGCAAGUCCUAAGCGUCUUUUCCAAAGUGCCUGUCGAAUAUCUGAAAGCUAUCAGUUCUCCUUUGCUGCAUCAUCUGGGCGGAAUUGGCUAUAUUCUUGGAUCGGUAAUGGAAGGAAGUCUCUCUGAGAGGUCCUAUCGACGAGUUCGCACGCUCCUAUUGGAAAUGGCCCAGCUUUUGCAUCGGUUGGAGUCAGGGCUACGACGGUCCACUGGUGCCAGUGAACGACUCAAAGCGCAGGUAGGUCGCAUAGACGAGUACAUGCGCAUGCAAGCAUCGUCGACUAUGUCUACACGAAGGUCAUCCAUUAACCCCGACCAUAUGCCGUCCGAAGAUCAUCAAGACAGCAUCGCGUCCAUACAUGCACCUCUAACCGGGUUUGAGGACCCGCUCACUCAGUUCCAGCUGCCGCCAGAAUUACUGGAUGACUGGCCGUGGUCAUUCGAUACAAGUCCGCCCGAGGGAGUGUUUCCAAUGCCGUUCAUUAAGUGA